CCCGUAUCCGCAGCCUGUGCAACCUCAGGUCAACCGAGACCUCGGCGUUGUCACACAGCAGACACGGGAGCCAUCAUCAUCGACUGAGUGUCUAACAGAGACGCAACAGCUGUACCAAUCACCAACCAACCACGAACCAACAAACAAACAAACAAAAAACCAACAGAACAGAGAAGACAGUAAUUCCAACCAUGCCGACUCGCCCAUCCUCAGGGCACCGCCCCCUAAUCGGCGUCUCCACCAAGAUGUACUUCACCCACGCCCGAACCAACACCUUCAUCACCGCCGUCCUCUCCCACCACCUCCUCCUCACCAGUGACAUCCUCGCAAGCAUCGAUGCAUUCAUCAUACCCGACUUCGUCUCCCUCACCUCCGCCAUCGCAGCCAUCUCCGCCAUCUCCUCCAUCUCCUCUACUAUCACCAGCCACAGCCACAGCCACAGCAAUACUACUACUAUUACUACUACUAACAACACACUCCUGGUCGGCGCACAAGACUGCUCCCCCUCCACCCAUGAUUUCGGACCCUACACGGGCGAGGUCUCGCCUGCCGUGCUGAAGGAAAUCGGCUGCCGCAUCGUCGAGGUGGGGCACGCCGAGCGCCGGAGGCUGUUCGGCGAGACGGACGACGUGGUCCGGGACAAGGUGGCCGCUGCGGUGCGGAACGGGCUGUGGCCUUUGAUUUGUGUAGGUGAGGAACAACGACAUAUCGGUGAACUCGGGAGCGGAAAAAAGGGAGCUGUUGAAGUGGCGGCGGCGGAGGUGUUGAGGCAGGUGGCUGCUGCCCUUCGGGGGGUGGAGGACGAGAAUGCCGAGGUCAUACUGGCCUACGAACCUGUGUGGGCCAUCGGGGCUCCCGAGCCGGCGAGCGCUGAGCAUGUGAGGGGCGUGGUGAGGCGGGUGAGGGAGAGUGAGGUGGUCAGGGGACGGAAGGGGAGGACGAGAAUUGUGUAUGGCGGAGCAGCGGGGCCGGGGCUAUGGGAGAAACUGGAAGGAGAGGUGGAUGGGUUGUUUCUGGGGAGGUUUGCCCAUGAGCCGGAGCAGUUUGUAAAGCUGAUCCACGAGGUGGCCGGGUUAAGUGUUGACCGGUCAACUGUUAAGGGGUGAAGAGUGAAGGCUGAAGUUGGUAGUCUGUUCUGAAUGAUUGGCGGGCCGCAGAUGAUACCUCCCUGUCAAAUAUUACAGAUGUGGUUGUGCUCGCUAGGUCGGUUAUCAAAAGUCCCAGAGGACGCCUGCCCGGCAUUUGUUUGGCGAUUUACGGACCCGUCCGAGGGAAUGUGCCGGAAGGAUGGCUCGAAUGGGCACGCCGAUGAACGGUAAUAACCGACUAACUGGCUUGAGAGAUUUGAUAAAGGACAGAUGGAGGUUAUCAUAGCUGCUCUGCUUGAGACUUAGCUGGUUAGGAGGAGUUGGAUCCCAUCGACAGGUGCACCUUCAA